AGCGCCGUCACCAGCGUGGGAUUGUCAGACUCAGUAUCGGAUGGUCUUGUUCGCUGGUCAAAAGUGUGGCGGGGCGCGAAGGUGGCGAAUAUUGUUGGGCUUUGCCGAUACUUUGGUGCUUGGUGCUCUUCAGGUUUAUGCCGUUGGCACCAGUCAUCCCUGCUGGCUCCACGCCGCUUCACAAAAGAUCUCUUCACGUCGCGAAAGAGACCCGACUACAUUGCGGGAGAAGAAGCAUGAGGUGGUGCACACUACUUACGUGUUCUACACCAUUUGACAUGUCUCCGCUUACUUCCGAUCUCCUUGUCCAGUGCUUGAACUGUUGCAUCCCACGCUCCGUCUCCACAAUACAAAGCCCGAGUCCGACAGACCUGACGCGCGUUCCCCUCCAUCCAAGCCCCAGCAGCGCCACAUGAAGCCUCGCGACGCCGCCUUCGUGGUGGACCACCGGCGACAGCUCAGCACGACGCGCAGAGACGAUGGUAAGCCCAAGCAGAAGCGCAAAGCCGCCGCAUUCAAUCAGCGUCCGCCUUCUCCGUCUCCUGCGUCAUCCAAGGCCUUCGCGCCCCCCGCUCCGUCGUCAACCAAGAAGCAGAACAAAAAGAAAGAAAACAAAGAAAAGAAGACGCCACUGCAGGAAGCCGCGGAUCUGCUACGCCAGGAGAGCGUCAAAAGCCGCAACCACAAGCUCGUGUUGGCCCCGACGUCGAGCUCUGCGACCUACUCGACCUCCUUCUCAGUAUCUAACAACUUUCCCAGUUGGGGAGCCAAGCACAAGAAGGAGGAGACGAUAAAGACGACGCUGAUGGCAAUGCAGGCCGAUCGCACAGUGACAGACGCGCUCCAUGAGGAAAUAUUGGCGUAUACUAAGUAUACCAAGGAGACGGUGGACACGAUGGCUGUGCACAUUGAACAGAUGAUCGCCAACGUGCGCGCGAGUGUGCAAUCACUCUGGCCACAGUCGAAAGUGGAGACGUUCGGGUCUUACUCGACAGGCAUUUGGCUGCCCAGUAGCGAUGUGGACCUCGUGAUACUGGACGUAGUGGAAGUGAACGACUCAAAGUUGACGGCCAAACAUUUAAGACAACUGGCGAAAGUUCUGGAGAAGAAGAAGUGGGUCGAGUCGCUGCUGUGCUUGGAUACGGCCAAAGUGCCCGUGUUAAAGCUUGUUAGUGCUGAAACGUCUGUGCCCAUUGACAUCACAUUCGAGUCGGCUGCUACACACAGCGGAUUACUCGCACGCGACCUCAUUAAGCGUUACGCGGACAACAUGCCUGAGCUGUAUCCACUGGCGAUUGUGUUUAAGCAACUCCUGCGCGAACGCGACUUGAAUGAUGCAUACACGGGAGGACUCAGUUCGUAUUCCGUGGUGCUAAUGAUUAUCCACUUCUCGCAGUUGUGGAGGAAUGGAGAUUUAUGCUUCGAAGCUGCGUCAAUUUAUGCAUCGGGGUCAUUGCCACCUGCACCAUCCAAGAUGCAGGCUCAAAAGGCAGCACGAAUACAGGCCGGGUUAGGCGGUAGUAGUGAGAACAAAGCUCAGCGUUCAGGAACAGGGACAGCAGGUGCUAAGAGUGCAUUGAAGAAGUCAGCGUCGCUGCCAUUACCAGCUUCAACUUCAUCUUACGCAGAGAUUGUGGCAAAGCAACAAGCUAUAGACGAUUCCUUGCGAAAAGCUUCUGAACCACGUUUCAGCUACGCUGCAGUUGCAGCAGGUAUCGCUAAAGUAUCAGAGAAGACAAAACUUGCAGGACCGCCAUCUAGCUAUGCUGCGGCGGUGACUGCACCUGUUGGGUCAUCCUCCUCAGCAGCAAAACGCAAGAGUCUUAUUACUCAGAAGGCGUCACAGACUCAUUCGUUGGAUUCGAUUAGCGUAUCGAGCAGCAAUGCGGACACAGAAGACUCGAGCUCUUCGUGCAGUCAUUCUUCCUCAGCAGAUAGUGACGACGAAGUGCAGCCCCAGCAGAAACCUCCUGAAUCGCUUGGCCAACAUCUGUUGAUGAUUCUCGAGUUCUUCGGCAUCAUAUUCGACUACCACAAGAAUGGGCUUUCGGUGCGCGAUGGAGGAUAUAUCUACAGACUCGCAGACAAUCACCGCUCGCACAUCGGCAAGCCAGCGCUGGUGAUUGAGGACCCGAUCCAUCCAGAUCGCAACGUAAGCGCCAGCAGCUUUGCGUUUCCAAAGGUGGUUGCUCUGUUUGAAGACUCGUACUAUGCGCUGAAGUACUUUCGCGCGUCCAAGUUCACACCGUCGGCGCUGAGCUGUUUGCUCAGUACAUCAGGUCACACGAGUCAUACCAACCACAGCCACAACAAAGUGCAAGCAGUUCGAUCAUAGCGCCAAGUCCCCAAUUUAGUAAAAACCUGAGCAUGGAAGUGGAACAGGAAGUGGCCAUCCAUGUUGUACAAGAUUUGCGAGUCACGUUGAAAGAUGCAAAAAAAAAAACGAGUAGUUAGUAAGUUGUAGUCUAGCAGAAGUAAAUACACGCCGUUAUGGUUAAUGAAUCCAGUCCAGGACACUAGGCCAUUCUUUUUGAGUUA